AGAACACGCUUGUCGGUCAGUUGUCCUCUACAUAAGACGGCCAAGCACGCUUCCUACUGUAGAUCAAGACGCGCUGCAAGCGGGAUGACGCCCUCGCUGUAGCGUCACAUAACCCAAAGAGCAAGAGUGGGAUAGGUCCCUGCGGCAUUUCCCGUUAAAACUGCAUCUUGCAACAUCCAUCCUAGUAUCUUUUCCUUUUUAACACAACGUCAAAAGAGGGGCUGGAGAUUUUCCGAUUUCGGCUCGACGUUUUUUACUGCACAAGCAAGCCGUUAGAUCGCACCUUCGUCUGCAUCAGGUAAAAAUAUCUUCGAAUAUUUCAGAGAGACCAUGGGGAAACAGAACAGCAAGCUGACCCCUGAAGUGAUGGAGGACCUGGUGAAGACCACGGAGUUUAACGAGUAUGAGUUAAAGCAGUGGUACAAAGGGUUUCUGAAGGACUGCCCAAGCGGCAGGCUGAACCUCGAGGAGUUCCAGCAGCUGUAUGUGAAAUUUUUCCCAUAUGGCGACGCAUCGAAAUUUGCACAACAUGCGUUCAGAACCUUCGACAAAAAUGGAGACGGCACCAUUGACUUCAGAGAAUUCAUUUGUGCCCUGUCCAUCACAUCCCGGGGCAGCUUUGAGCAGAAGCUGAACUGGGCCUUCAAUAUGUAUGACCUGGAUGGCGAUGGGAAAAUUACUAGAGUGGAAAUGCUGGAGAUUAUUGAGGCUAUUUACAAGAUGGUGGGCACUGUCAUCAUGAUGAAGAUGAAUGAAGACGGCCUUACACCCGAGCAGCGAGUGGACAGGAUCUUCAGCAAAAUGGAUAAGAACAACGACGACCAGAUCUCACUAGACGAGUUCAAGGAAGCUGCAAAGAGCGACCCGUCCAUCGUAUUACUCCUGCAGUGCGACAUGCAGAAAUGAAGGGCGGGCCGACACAGUGGGGUUAAACACACUACGGACUGGACACCAGUUUAACGUUCCAUUCAGUUUACAGCUACUUCCACAGGAAAAACACAACAAAUAAAAAACCCUAAAAAAACGUGCUUGGACUAUCUUACAAUGGACUUUUUUGUGUUUGAAGCACUUGUAUGCAUGAGAAUGUCAUUUGCUAAAUUAUUUAAAAUAUUAUGUGUGUCUGUUAAUACAGUAGCUAUUGUUCAUGUUUACAGAUGCUUGCUGUUUUAUACACUGAAGUAAUAUCAACACCAAAUUCCCAUGGUAAUGUAACUGUUUCCAAUAAACCAUUUAUCCACACACCUUAGGCACACGUUGGAUCCAUAUUUAUCCAAGCUCCUCUUAAAUGUGUGUGUACCGUGGAAUAUAAAUGUAGUUUAGCUGCAUGCGUUUAGGUUGAAACUUAAAAAUACAUAUUUAAAAAAAAUAUCAGAUUUUUGCAUCCUUGAAAUCAAAUGGAGAUGAAGCCUUACCAAAUCAAUGUAUGGGAUUGACUUUUGUGUUUUAUUAAGUCAUUGUUAAACAAUUUUAGGGAUGCAUUCCUGGAUAAACACUAGGUUACUAAGUCAGUGAAGUUUUUCCAUCCCCUGGGGACAGUACUGGCAAUGUAAGAGAAGUACGGGGUUGUUUGCUUAUAAAACAUGAAAAACUUGUAUUGUGUGGCUAAUUUCUCUGACCUGUUUUUAAAAUAACUUUCUAUUCACCCAUCAUGCAACUUUUCAAUGUGAGCUCAUAAUUUAUUUAUUUUUUUAAGCAAUAUCAAAUCAGUGUAUAAAGCGUGUUCAUGAAAAUGUCAUGGUUAUGUGCUGGAGGCCCUUUUCACGGCGUGUUAAGUGUGCAAGUCUGCCCAGGUAGUUUUUUUAUUUUUCAAUUUAAGUCCAAGUGAAGCACAUUUAAUUCACCUCAACUGUUCAUUCUUCUAAAUCUGCCACGUCCUUUUCUCCAGUGGAAGAUGGACAUUGAGUCAUCGACUCCUUAUCACAUUGACUCCUCCUGUAGAGGGUAUCAUCUGUAAGAGUAAUCACGCCGGCGUUUACAUAGGACAGCCAAGUCAUAUUUUUUUCCAUUUAUUUUUGUGAACUUUUAAAGAUAAAUGAUUGCUGAUGUGUCUAUCUCCAGAACUGGGAGUGUACAACUGGAAGACAGUCAGAUUCAGGACAAUAAAUUGUUCAUACCUGAACCACUGUAUAAUUUGACCAAAUGAAGUUGUGUCUGUUAAUUAAAAAAAAAAGGAUUAUACAUACAUAUAAAUACAAAUUAUAUAUACGUA